CACAAAGAUGCGACUCUUUCUCCUGACACAACAUCGUAAAUCAGCUCAUCGGGCACAGCAACUCUGUCGACCCACAAUCGCUCGGGUUACAGUCAUACACGGCGUGUGAAACGCUGAAUUCACAGCCACCUUCUCUCCAGCCCGGACUGUCCGCAGCUCUCCUCGGCGCACUGCGCUGACUCUGCAGAAGGAAAUCAUCGGGGGAGUGUAGGAAGGCGUUUUUUUUAAGCGUUUUUCUCAAGGUAGGACAAGCCGUUACAACACAGCUUCUGCUUGUCAGCUAUCCCUACUGUUUCCUCGACUUCUUCAGUUUACGGUUUGGGAAAAGAAGAGGGGACAGAGUGUCGUGGUCGUGCGUUCCUCUCCGUGAGACCGACGCGUUUCCAAACGUCCUGCCGCGCGUUUUUCCUCAGUGAAGACGCCCGGACACAUUGAUUCUCUCUUCGGGAUAAAAAAUAAAUAAAUAAAAAGAUUGACAUUUUUCCCGCGUUCUAUACUGAAAACUGUGAUAAACGGCAAAGAUACGUUUGUGAAAGCAACACCGACGGUGAACCACCUCGGACAGCGUGCAGUAUUGAAGAGGAGAAAGUUCCCCACUUGAGGGCGAAAUCAGACUUUUUUGAGGACGCCAACUUUGAAAAGUGCCAGGAGCCCCGGGGUCUGUCAGAUACAACAUGCAGCAAUGUCCAAGGAGGCAGAGUUGGAUGUGAGAGGCAGUAAGUGCGACAUAGUCCCACAAGAGCCCAGCACGGACCCGGAGCCGCCCAGGCCACCUCCAGCUAAGGCUAACCAACCCACCGGCACCGCUGGCGUUUGCACGAGCAUCCCCUCCAGUAGCCACAGUAGCAGCAGCACCAGCAGCAGCAGCAGCAGCAGCAGAAGUGGUCUGGGUGGCAUUAGCAUCGUUAGCAGCAGCGCUGAGGGAGCAGGCGAAAGCUCCAUGCAGUUCAGCACCAGACCGCCUAGUGCUGAGCAGCCGGGCUUCAUGGGGACAUGGCAGCAGCAGAGCACUGACAGCAACCUCCUCUACAGAAUGUCCCAGCAGGCCAUUCGCUGCACACUGGUGAACUGCACAUGUGAGUGUUUCCAGCCAGGGAAGAUUCACCUACGAACAUGUGACCAUUGCAAACACGGCUGGGUAGCUCACGCUCUGGACAAGCUCAGCACCCAGCACCUGUACCACCCGACCCAGGUGGAGAUCGUUCAGUGCAAUGUGGUGUUCGACAUCAGCAGCCUGAUGCUGUACGGCACCCAGGCCGUACCUGUCAGGCUCAAGAUCCUUCUCGACCGCCUCUUCUCCGUGCUGAAGCAGGAAGAGGUGCUGCACAUCCUGCACGGACUGGGCUGGACCCUCCGAGACUACGUCCGGGGCUACAUACUGCAGGAUGCUGCAGGCAAGGUGCUGGACCGCUGGACCAUCAUGUCCCGGGAAGAGGAGAUCAUCACCCUGCAGCAGUUCCUGCGCUUUGGUGAGACCAAGUCCAUUGUGGAGCUGAUGGCUAUUCAGGAGAAGGAAGGUCAGGCAGUUACAGUUCCCUCCUCCAAAACCGACUCCGGGAUUAGGACAUUCAUUGAAAGCAACAACAGAUCCCGCAGCCCAGGGCUCCUGACACAUCUGGAAAACAGUAGCCCAUCCAGCAUUCAUCAUUUUGAGAAUAUCCCCAACAGCUUAGCCUUCCUCCUGCCUUUCCAAUACAUCAACCCAGUCUCUGCCCCUAUGCUUGGCUUGCCCCCCAAUGGCAUGCCAUUGGAGCAGUCUGCUCUCCGGCUCCGGGAGCCCAGCCUGCCAAACCAAGGUGAACAGGUGGACACCAGUGAGUCAGAAGUGUCCCUAUCACCCUUCCGCACAGGCCAGAGUCCGAGCCGUGGAGCUCUGGGAGCCAUGAACAACAUUGAACCCAAGACAGAGCCCAACAACAGGGCAUCACCCAUCUCACCAACCCCUUCCACCCAGCAGGCUCAACAACAGCAGCAACAGCAAACAUCGCUCCAACAGCAGCAGCAAGGCCAACAGCACUCCCAAAAUCAAUCUCAGCAAUCCAACAGGUUGAGCGACCACCAGGCCCACCACCACCUUGUAAAGGACGAGCAGUCUAAAAGCAUCACCCAUGCUUCCUUUUCCUCCAAGAUGCAUCGUAUGCGCCGCAUGGGCUCCACCUCACGCAAGGGUCGUGUUUGCUGCAAUUCUUGUGGCAAAACCUUUUAUGACAAGGGCACACUUAAGAUACAUUAUAAUGCUGUACACUUGAAGAUCAAACACCGUUGCACCAUUGAGGGUUGCAAUAUGGUCUUCAGCUCACUACGCAGUCGCAACCGCCACAGUGCCAACCCGAAUCCACGGUUGCACAUGCCCAUGCUGCGCAAUAACCGCGACAAGGACCUCAUCCGUUCAACCACUGGUACACCUGUCAUCUCAAGCACCAAGAAUGGUGGCUUCACACUCACCAGCCCUGGAAGGCCACCACUGGGCUUCACUACUCCACCGGUAGACCCUAUGCUUCAGUCACCCCUGCAAAGCCCACUGGUUUUCCCGUCGCUGAAGUCAGUGCAGCCUGUCCAGCCAGUACCCCCUUUCUACCGCACACUACUGUCCCCUGCGGACCUUGUUAGUCCUCCUGUGUCACUGCCCACCAGCCCCAUCCUGCCCACAACCACCAACAGUACCACCCUGAUGGACCAACAACAGCAUCUCCUGGCUGCUGCAGCAGUGGCUUCACAUAACAAUGUUCAUAUGUCAGAGAUAGUCCCCAUGUCCCACCGCUUACACACAACUAGUGCCAAUCACGACCUCAACACUGGCAGCAGUGACCCCACGCCCAAAAAGAAGCCUCGUAAAUCAAGCAUGCCAGUGAAGAUUGAGAAGGAAGUGAUUGAUGUGGCUGAUGAAUACGAGGACAAAGAUGAUGAUGAUGAUGACAUCCACCAUAAUCACCACCAUCACUCAUCCCUUCUUCACAACAAUGUCAAAAUGAAUGGUAACUGUAACAGCAACAACAACUGUGGUAGUGGUACUGGGAACCACAGUGGUGGUAGUGGGCAGCAAUCCCCUUCCCAGGAUGAGAUGAGCCCUGGCCUAGCUCUGAGAGGCAUGAUGAGACAGAGUGAAGAUGAAUGCAGGGAAGGGACUGGCAGCGACAGCAGGGGUGGGAAUGAUCUGCAAGGCUCUGGUGAGCUACGUUGUAUGGGCAGCUUCACCUCUGAGGACCAGGAUCAUGAAAGAGACUUUGAGAACGAAUCUGAAACCUCUGAUUCCAAGAUGUUCUACCGUGAUGAGCUGAUGGAUGUGGAGGAACAGCAAAAGCAAAGCAGGGGUGGAAGGUGUCUGGACAAGGAACAGGAUGAUGAGGGUUGUGACGAAGCCCAGUUGAGAAAGGAAAUGGAAGGCAAGGGUCAUUCCUCACCCUCCCCUCAUCAGCCCCCUAUCAGGAUCAAGGAAGAACUCAACGAUCCUACUUACGACAUGUUCUGCAUGGGCCAGUAUGGCCUCUAUAACGGAGGCAUGGCAGCGGCUGCUGCUGCUGCAAGCAUGGCUGCUCUGCAUGAGAGCUUCAUCUCUUCGAUGGGCUACGGUGCCAGCCCACCCAAAUUCCCUUCUUCUCAAUCACCAGAGGGAGACCCAUGCUCAAGUCCUGACCCCAAGAUCUGCUAUGUGUGUAAGAAGAGUUUCAAGAGUUCCUAUAGCAUGAAGCUGCACUACAAGAAUGUGCAUCUCAAAGAGAUGCAUGUGUGCACUGUGGCUGGCUGCAACGCUGCCUUCCCUUCCCGGCGGAGCCGAGACAGGCACAGCUCCAACAUCAACCUGCACCGCAAACUGCUGACCAAAGAGCUGGACGACAUUGUCCUGGACCCCCAACUCCCGCCACUGCCCAAGGACCUGCGAGCCGAGUUACUGGCAAAGAUCUACGCCGGGCACCACAUGGGCUUGGACCGAUAUGCCGGGAUGGGCAUCGGAGGCGCCAGCCUCCGGCCCACUGGCAUGAACCACAAUGCCCAUUCCCCCAUGAGCAGUGAGUAUCCCCACCACCCUCUCAACCAUAACCUUAAAAACCACCACACCAACGGCUUCUCCCGGGCCCAGCCAGACGACUACAUGGUGUUGGACCUGAGCACCACAUCCAGUGUACAAUCCAGCAGCAGCGUCCACUCCUCACAUGAGUCAGACGAGGGCAGCGAUGAAGGCAUCCUAUUGGAUGAUCUGGAGGAGGAGGGAGAAGAGGAUGAGGAGGAGGGCAACAGCGAGGGGGAGGACUGCUCCCAGCAUGCCGAGGGGCGGGCUGAAAGAAGGCAUCGGGAUAAAACUGGAGAACUAAGAGGAGAAGGACCUGGUGAGGGUUUGGAACCUUCCUCCUCACCAUUCCUCUUUUCGCCCACCGGGGGCAGUAAUGGUGGCAACAGUGGGAUCCUCUGCAACAUCUGCCAUAAAAUGUACAGCAACAAAGGAACCCUGCGUGUGCACUACAAGACUGUGCACCUGCGCGAGAUGCACAAGUGCAAAAUCCCCAGUUGCAACAUGGUGUUCAGCUCUGUGCGCAGCCGUAAUCGACACUCUCAGAACCCCAACCUCCAUAAAAACAUGCCCUUCUCUACAAUAAUAGACUAAAUAAUGCCUUGCUAUUCGACCCUGCUGUCAGUCGGCCCGCUCCUCCCUUCAUUCCUCAUCCUUAUUCCUCCUCAAAUGAGCUUUUAAUCCUGGCCGAGGGCCAUCAAAUACAAGCUAAAUGCCUGUAUGCCUCCUGCCCGUCCUCUGUAAGUCAUUGCAAGACAUUUCUAUAACCCUCUAUAAAAUUCAUCGACUCUAAAUACAGUUUAUUAUUGUGACCUUUGACUUUUCCUUCUUUGGAAGAACAGGAUGACGCUCUUGCGCAUGGAGUUUGCUUUAUAACAAUUUUUUUUUUUUGCAUAAGCCCCCUCCAUCUUUCCCGCUUUGUUUUUGUCCGUCUCCAAAGAAUCUAUUCAAACUCUUAUUUGUGACUUUGCCUGCAGAAAUGAUAGUAUUGAGAAAAAAAAAAGAAAAUCUUCUUGUUGUAUUUGUGUAAUGAUAGCUUUUAAAUCAACCCCUUACAAAAGCAUGACAGCUUAAUUUGUAAAUAAUGUUCCAAGAGGCUUUUGGUGUAAAAGAGUUGUGUUGAUGGUUGUUUGCUUCUUUUUUCUCUCUCGUUAUGGUUUUAUGUUACAGUCCAGUACAAUACUUCCAGCUAUAGGCAAGAAAGAGGUAGCAUCUUACUAGCUUGACUCAUUUAUGUUAGCUUCAAAGACACGUUUUAAACUAAGUCCUAGGGAAAAAAAAGAAUAUCAUGUGACUUGUUUUAUCUACUUGUUAGAUAUUCAGAGGUUGCCGGCAUGCUUUUUUAGGCUCCUACACUGAUAUCAUUCUCUGUAUUUCUAUUGUUUUUUUUUUGUUUUUUUGUCUGUUAUGUUUAUGAGCUUUAGCAUACCAGUUCAGUUUUUGCACUUUGCAUCUAUACAAGGGGAUGUGUAAUAUUAUUAUGAGGACUUUUGCAAUGGUGAGUUUAAAUGUUGUACGGGGUCAUUGAUGGCUACAGUGCCAAGGUAAAUGAUAAUACCUUCAACAUACUGUACUUGUGCCAGUUUCUUUUUGCACGUGCUCAGUUUCAAACAGUUUCACAGCAGAAAAUGUCUCACCGCCCUGAACAAAACCUGAGAUCUUCCCCAUCGCUAAACAACGUAUUCAGAAAGGGUCUCCAAAGUGUCUUGCCUCACAACGAAACCAAGUGUGACUGAAUAUAAACUGCUGUUUCACAAACACAAAGGAGUUAAAUAUUGAUAAAGUCUCUCCUCUUUCUUUGUUUGUUUAAUUUGUGUAUCGUUACCAGGUCGGAUCACGAUAAUUACUUCAGAGGUUCAGUGGGGUCAUCUGUGUAAAGCAUGACAUUAUUGUGACAUUGUCAAACAAAGUUAUCAAGAACUCGUGUUUUGUUCUUACAAAAGGCAUCUUAAUGAAAUAUAACUGUCCCAAUAGAUUGGAGAAAAAAAAGAGAGAAAAAAGAUGGAAAUAGUCAUUCAACUGUGACCAAAACUAAACUAAAUUGUUUGCUUAAGAAGAGCUCCUUUAGUGUGGCAGUAUCAUGCCCCAUUGGAUUAAUAUGAUGCACUUGAGUCUUAAAUCUUUUGCUGUGAUAUUUUCGGUAUCGGUUUCCAUUGCUGAGUGUCAGCUACAAAUGUACUCUAUGAAAGAUGUUGCCAUUUUCCUGGCUGUUGUUUGCAGCCAUUUUUAACAUGUCCAUGACUGUCUUACGGUACAAAUAUUUCCAUUAACUGGGCAAAGUAGCCAAGGGAAGGGGUAUUUAUUGGUGGGUGAUAUAUCUUCAUGGAGAUGUGUUUGUCCAGUAUAAGAAUAUUUUUUGUAAAAAGACAAAAAAUAGAGAUUGUUCCUCAGUUUGACUUGUUUAUCAAUGUAUUAGCAAUGCCAUGUGUUACAAUACAAGGAGAUCUUCUCUUACUUGACUGGUGCUACACAGAGGGAAAAAUAUGUGUUACGUGGUGUGCUGUACAGUAUUCACAACACCUUACAUCCAUAACAGUGUUGAGUUCCAUUUGUUUCAUACUUAAGCCAUUUUGCAAUAUAGACAUGACCUAUUCUAGUGAAAUAUUUCAUGUCUUUUUUUUUUAAGACUCCACCUAUAUGACACAUGCAGUUUUCAGUCUUCUCUUCUCAGAGAUAAAGAGAGCGAGACAGAGAGCUGAGGCUGAUGGAAAGGUUGCGGAGGUGGAAGGCUGACUAGGGAGGAAAGGAUGACAGCAGCGAUCAUUAAAAAUGUGCUGCUUCUCCGUUACCUGGAGGCGUCCCUGCCAUUCCAGCUUCUUCUGUCUAAUAACUCACUUGUCACUUCGUUACACUGCCAGACUCCAAGGUUGCUGACAAGACUAUGACACUGACAGAAAGAGAAAAGAAAGGACAGAGACUGUGUGCUCCGAACAAUUCAAUUUGACCCAUUCAAUUUGAAUUCAAUUAAUCUAUUCAUUUUCUGUGUGUGCUUAUUCUGAUUCAGGGUCGCUGAUAAUUCAAUUCAGCUCUUUACUCUCAUUCUGUUUUUCUCUUUGUCUGUCAGAGCGCAGUCAUUUAACAACCGCCUUACCCAUUUCUUCAACCCGCCACUCACUUACCACCUCCACACCCCACAGCGCAAGUCCUACAGGGACACACACUAAUAGUGUAUGCUUAAGUUCACCGGACGGCCAUGGCAUAGGAAAAAGGGAUGGGUAAUUGCCUGUUUAUCCCAAGUGAAGGGAAAAUUGAGUACAGGAACCCCUGCCUUCUCCCAGGAGUGGGUUUCACUGAGGCGCUUGCUGCCUCAUUCACUCAUUCAAUCCCCCCAGCACUCGCUCUGGCAGAAAUAAAAAAGUGCUACUGCAGGAACCCUGCUGACAGCUGUCUCUCUAACACACAACCAUGCAAACACACAAACACACACACACACACAGACACACACACACACACACACAGGAAAAAAAACUCUCCAUCUAGCAUUAACAUCAUAGCUGCUGCCACUACAUAGAAAGCUAAUAUUCUGUUAUGGAGGAUGGUGUGAGCUAGCACUGAGUCAGGCAUGGAAAGCUCAAAGCAGCUAUAAGUAGUUGUAUUUCAUUAACAUUUAUUUUCAUUUUCUAAUACUUUUCCAUUUACAUUUAUCCUAAAGAGGUUAAAAAUAUAUUAAAAAGGCCAGCAAGUUCACAGAUUGAUUUGAACUCUGAACUGAAAUUAAGAAAGCUAUGCCCUUCUUCAUCUGAGAAAACACGUUCUCUCAGUGUUUUUUAGACUCCACCACACUCUUCAUGCCCUGUUCCUUGCUGUCCAUUUCUCAAGCAGCUGCUGUGCGUGACCUCUAUCUGUGUACAUACCAGGAAGAAAACUGAAUAUCAUAGAAGAGACUUUCUUACAACACAAUUCUCCCACCUCCUACGGGCUGCUUCUGAGUCCUGCAUGAUGCUGGUCAUGCCAGCUCAGAGGCUUGAAACAGAGCUGAGAAAACAUGCAAAGUCCGGCAUAGCCAAGGAGACAGACGUCAUAAGAGAGAAAGAGAGAGAGAGAGAGAGAGAGAGAGAGAGAGAGAGAGAGAGAGAGAAGGGAGAGAUGGUGGAAAGGGAUUGGGCUUAGAAAGUGGUCUGGCUGGAGCCUUGCGGCAGUCACUUAACAAGGCAGGGGAGAAAGAGAGGAACACAGGGAGAGGAGAGAGCAAGAGAGCAGCAGGGCCAGGACUCCCCAGGAGUCUUCGCCAGCUUCUUCUAGAUUGCCUGCUCGAGAGCGAUCGAGUCAGCCCUCACAUUUCCACCCCUCUCCCCUACACUCUUCUCUCCUCUGAGAAAUGACCACCAAUUUCCCCCUUCUCCUCUGAGAGAACCCCCAAUCCAAUCUUUGUCUUUCUUACUUCUCCAACCACAAGGACCCAGGUGCAUCCUGCUACCUAGUGACCGGGCUGUGGAUCUGCGGGAAGAAGUCACUUAGAGCGCCCAAUUGGCCCGGACCAAUGAAGUGAAUCUUUAAUAUUUGAUUAGACGAGCGUCAGGCAUCAGUUAUUCUGUAAUUCUACAUAGCACACAGAGGGGAGUGGCAAACGGCUAAAGCGGCUGACCUGUUAUUCACUGUCCGUUUUGUUCAGGUCACAGCGUGAGCACAAUAGGUGUAAGGGGAGAGAAUGAGAGGUGACACUGCAUGCAAACUGUCCAGUUAUUAGUCAUGUAACAAAGUGGGAUUAAAGUGUUUGAUAGGACAUUGUAAGAAAUAGGCAGAUGGAAGAAAAAUACACACAUUUUUGUAUAGAUGCUUCAGUCUCAAGUUAUAUUCUUUAAAAAAAAAAAAAAAACUACCCUCAUUAUACCCUCAUUAAUUUGAACUGGAACCUGUGAAAUGUCGAGAAUUAAUUCAUAUAAUGUUUUCCAUUGUGCCAAUUAUAUUUUAUAGUCUUAAAGUGUAAAUAAGCUUGAAGACCUGGUGAAUUUUAGAUUUUUUUUUUCCACACUGUUUUUGUGUAUCCAAUGCAUUUAUGUCUUUAAAAGCCCAUGUUAUGGCACUGGCACUCGACAGCGUUGCAUGGCUACAUCGUCGCACUGCAAAGAACGAACAGAGCAGAGGAGCUUGCGUCACUUUGGUGUCAAAAUGGUUAUUUGAAAGCCUCAUGAAUACUGUAUGUUACCUAAACAGGUGUUUCCCAUUUGCAGACAGGAGGAAGAAAUGGUCCUCUUUCUAAAAGACUCGUUUCUUUCCUUUCUUUCUUUUUUUUUUUUGCCUUUCUUGUAUUUGUUUUUGUAUCAUAACUGUCUAUGGUUUUUGCAUAAAAUGCAUAAGGGUUUUGGGAUGUAAAUGGAAUUUUAUUCAUAUUUUGUCCAAAUACCUCUUGUAAUUUGUAUCAGAAUUCUUGUACAAUUUUUAUAUUAAAGAUUUAUCAGUCA